CACCGCCAAGCGGGGACGUGCUGAGGCCGGGGUGCGAACUGGCGCAGACAGCGGCUGCUGGCUCUCACCGUCCGCCGCCGCCUCUCUGCCUCAUGAGCUGCACCAGAAUGAUCCAGGUUUUAGAUCCACGUCCUUUGACAAGUUCAGUCAUGCCAGUGGAUGUGGCCAUGAGGCUUUGCUUGGCUCAUUCGCCACCUCUGAAGAGUUUCUUGGGCCCUUAUGACAGCUUUCAACAAAGACAUUUCAUGAAUAAAUUAAAGCCCCUGAAAUCAUGUCUCAACCUAAAGCAGGAAGCCAAAUCGCAGAACGACUGGAAGUGCUCACACAACCAAGCCAAGAAGCGGGUGGUGUUUGCUGACUCCAAGGGUCUCUCUCUCACCGCCAUCCACGUCUUCUCUGACCUCCCGGAAGACCCGGCAUGGGAUCUCCAGUUUGAUCUUUUGGACAUUAACAAUAUCUCCUCUGGCUUAAAACUCCACGAGGAGAAAAACUUGAUUUUAGAUUUCCCUCAGCCUUCAAGUGAUUACUUAAGUUUCCGGAGCCAUUUUCAGAAGAACUUUGUCUGUCUGGAGAACUGCUCUUUGCAAGAGCGAACAGUGACGGGGACUGUGAAAGUGAAAAACGUGAGCUUUGAGAAGAAGGUUCAGAUCCGUAUCACCUUUGAUAGUUGGAAAAGCUACAUGGAUGUGGACUGUGUCUACAUGAAAAAUGUAUAUGGUGGCUCAGAUAGUGACACCUUCUCAUUUGUCAUUGACUUACCCCCUGUCAUUCCAACUGAGGAGAAAAUCGAGUUCUGCAUUUCUUACCACGCUAAUGGGCAAGUCUUCUGGGACAACAACGAGGGCCAGAAUUACAGAAUUGUCCAUGCACAGUGGAAACCUGACGGGGUGCAGACGCAGAUGGCACCCCAGGACUGCACAUUCCACCAGGCAUCCCCGAAGACGGAGUUAGAGUCACCAGUCUUUGGCAGUCCAAGGCUAGCUAGUGGGCUCUUCCCAGAGUGGCAGAGCUGGGGGAGAAUGGAGAACUUGGCCUCUUAUCGAUGAAUUAAGCAACCUAGUGGUUGGUCUUGAUCUGUCAUAUUCCCCAUGCAAUUCUAGGUCUGUAUUGCUCAAUAUUAGGAAGUCUUUGCUACUUUCCAUCAGUAGGUUUAGAUUUUGAGCUUUUGAGACCUGGCUACGGAAAAGAAAGCCACUUGAGGAUUCAGUGUUGGGAUCAGUAGAGCUGCCCAAUUUUGCUUUGGAGGAUUAAGUAACAGCCUGGGAACUAUUUGAAUAAAGAUAGUACCUUUUCAGUGCCCUUCCUCCUUCCCUCUCAAUUCAUGAGCUUUCAGGUUGGGCAAGGAAAAGUUGAGGAAGGACAGCUGAUGGUGAUGGAAAGCUGUGUUAAUGGUAUGAGGAAUGUGUGAAACGUGUACACAAAGGGCUCUGAAGCUCAAGUCAGAGUAGGAGCAGGAGGUCUGACACUCAUUUGUGGGUGAGAAAAUGUAAGUUCAUUUCAUGUUUUUAAGUUGGUUUUAUGGUUGUAUCCUGGGGAAACAAUUUGUAGAGGGGGAAAAGAUGCAUUCUGUGUAUUCUAGUGGGAGAAGAGCUGAAUAACCUUUAAGGGUAUUGGGUGGUACUUGGUGAAGAUGAAUUGUAACUCUGAAGAAUCAAGAUCUUAAAUGGAGCCUUUCUGUUGAAAUGUGGUCUACCAACAAUCAUGAUUUGGAGGUUUAAGCAUAUCUAACUUCAGAACCCUAAUAUUAUAAGUGACUUUGUGAUCACGACAUCAUGCUUGGGUUCUUAGUACAGAAUCCUGCUAACAAAAACCAUGCCAUCAUCAAGUGGUUAACAGCACAUAGGAACUCCAUGUCACGUCACACAUAGUUCUUUGUAAGUGCCUUGAUUAGAUGAGAAAACUGUAGUUACCUAACCCAAAAAUACCUGAAUGGCCUCAUAAGAAGGUCCACUCUGUACUCUGGCAUUCCUCUUUGUAUACUCUUGUAUCUUUGAGAGUGUUGUCAGUGUACACAACUCACAUCCUUCAUAUUGAAGGUGACUCAUUUUUCUGCCACACUUUUUUGAUGUGAU